AUGCACCAAUAUAAUACGACAAAGCGCAAUGGCCAAGUCUUUAGUUUCGAUAUUGUAGACGAAGAGGGUUGUGAAGUUAGAAUUACUUUCUUUGAUGAAAUAGAAAAAUUUCACUAUCACCGAGUUGAAAAAGGAGCUUGGUAUGUUGUUUCCAAAGGUUUUGUAAAAGAUGCAAACAUAGUAUACAAUAAGCUUAACAACCACCUAGAGAUUAUCUUGACUGAAACUUCUGUUUUGAAAUGGUGUGUCCCUGAUGUUGCUGAAACAAAAAAAAAAUCACAAUUCACCCCUAUUAAUGAAGUUCUCGCCACUAGCAACAAUACUUUGGUUGAUGUUAUCGACGUUGUUGUCAAUAUCGGAGAGAUUUCAGUCAUUCGUAGAAAGGAUGGUUCUACUGUAAAGAAGAGAAUAGUAAAAAUAAAUGAUAUGUCAACUUUCACAAUUGAUGUUAACCUUUGGGGACCACCAUCAAAACAGUUAGGCAAUGACUUGAAGAAUAUGCAUGCAUCUGGAACAUUUGUCAUCCUUGCUAUUCAAAAUACAAGGGUUGGUUAUUUCAAUGGAAAAGUUAUUAAUAUCUCAACCUCAACAACUUUCAAAAUUAACCCUUGCAUUCUUGAAGCAGACACCCUCCAUUUGAGAGGCCUUAUACUGUCAUGCAUUGAUCUACACUCUUCAGGUGUCCAUCACAGUGAUAGCCAAUAUCAGAGAAUGACAGUUGCAUCCAUCCUUCAACGUCUUAGCGCUAUGCCAAAAACCCUUGAGACUACAAUUACAGCUGUCUUGCGAUUCAUAAAAGAAGACUAG